AUGCGAAGCCUUCCCAAGACCCAUCCGCUCCGACGCCUGCGGGCGGUAGCCUUUAGACGAUUUCCAUCACCCUUCCAGUUGAUGGCGGAGGCCUACCGCGACCAACCUCUUGACAAGCUGGAGACUAUCGAAGGGUAUUCGAUCGCUCCUUGGGAACGUCGUAUUGAUACAGUAGUCGACGACGACAUGGUCAAGGCCAUCGAAGCAAUCCGGUCUGAAUGGGCAGUGAGGAUAGCGACAAAGAGCUCAGCGAGAAACGAGGUUGUGGGCUUUGGAACGGCGACGACGCUGCCCGCAUCCUUCAGAGGGGGCGGUGGCAUCAUGACGGCCUCGCGUACGUUCGGUCAGAGAACGGAGCAGAACCCGUAUGUAGCAGAGCUAGCGGCACUGGCGGAAGCGGUCAAGGCUCUCCCAGAGAGACUCGAGUACCGGGCUAUCCACGUGUUCGCCCGCAACAAAGCGGCAGUGUUAGUGAUGCUCAACCCGCGGCAGCAGUCAGGUCAACGAGAGGUCCGACAAUUUUACUCCAUCAUGCAAGCUCUGCAGAGACGAGGCAACAGAAGCGCUCUCUUUUGGCUUCCAUCAGUUAUAGACUUAGACCUGGCGCAAGCGGCCAAAGCAGCAGCAAAAGAAAGUACCAAAGUAAACAAGAUACCACAGAAACGACCGGCCAGAGCCUACUCGACAGCACUCAGGAUCGCUUUACAAAGCGUGCGACAGAAGUAA